AUGCAUACUAAGAACAAUCUGGCACUCUUUUCCCUCACAACUUAUGUUCUUUCUGCCCCCAUACCAUCUUCUAAAUUCUCAAGUCUUGGCUCAGCCUUCGGUAACUUGAAUUGGAACGGCGCAGGUAAUUCUGUUGGCAAUGGAAAUGAGGGUAAUGGGAAUGAUAAUGGUGUUGGAUCAGGAUCAUGGGAUGGGAAUGGUAAUAGAUUCGGCAAUGGGAAUGCUAUCGGGAGUGAUAACUCAGGAAUAAGCAUCUUGAAGCGUGGAUCUGGUUCAAAUGUUUUGGGCAGUGCCUUGAACAACUUGAAUGGGAAUGGCAAUGGCAAUUCUGCCGGAAACGAGAACUGGGGUAACGGAAACGGAAAUGGAGAUGACAGCGGAAGCUCAGAUGGCAACGGCAACAUUUUCGGAAACAAGAAUUCCAUCGGGUCAGGAAAUUCAGGGUUCAGCAUCCUCAACAAGGUAAGGAAAUCAAAAACUCCUACUAUAUCAUCAUACGUCAACGGCGUAUGGGUUGCUGCCAUUGAUCCCAUUACCAAUUCUCUAUCAUCAUCUGGAGAUGCCGCGAACGCUGUUGGCACAGUUACAGACAAUUUGGGUGGUAAUGCUGGUUCUAAUACUGCUGGUUCCUCCAAUUCGGGGAACGGGAAUGGUAAUGGUAAUGGAUCAGGUUCAAACAACGGAAAUGGCAACACAUUCGGCAAUGGCAAUCAAAUCUUUUCCAAUAAUGGCGGCGUCAAUGUGCGUCGCCAAUCCGAUGCGGCGGAUGUAAUUCCAGAUCAAACAGCCACCGGACUUGCCAAAGGUGUCAGCGAAGUCUUCAAAAGCUUUCUCCCAACGGGUCUACCAGGAAUUAUCAAAGGUGCAGCUACCGGUACCGAGUCGGAUUUUGGAAAGGGACAAAGUCAAAAACGCCAAUUGGUGUUGACUGGCCUAGGUGACAUUGUUGCACAGGAUGUUGCUACCUACAUCCCUUAG